AAAUCAGCUGAUUGUUAUCUUCUAAAUAUUUUUAUUAUUAUAUUAUAUUUGGUUUAUUCAGCUGAUAAACCACUUUUUAAUCGCAAUUAUUUCGUUAAUAAUUGCAAAACAUGCCCCUUAUUUAAAUACCAUUGGAAAACACUUAAUUUAUUGCCAUAAUGGGGGCCCUACUUUCAACCAGGCAAAGAAAUGGGGUUGAAGAAGUCGAUGUGGUCACAAAUCAUGCUUACAAAUAUCCCCCCAGAUCAGGUAACUAUUUUGGAAGCCAUUUCAUAAUGGGCGGAGAAAGGUUUGAUACUCCUCAGCCAGAGUCUUACCUCUUUGGCGAAAACUCCGAUUUAAAUUUCUUAGGAAGUCGUCCUACCCCCUUUCCUUAUCCACCUCCGCAGCCAAAUGAACCCACCAAAACACUAAAAUGCCUUGUGAACAUAAGAAAGGAAUCUUUGAGAUUCGUCAGGGCUUCCAGUGAGAUUAAUAAACUCGAAAAUGGAAAAGGUGAUAGUGCCGAUGUGGAAUUGGGUACAAACUCCUCAUUUAAUAUUGAGUUUACUUUUGAUUGUGAUGUCCGAUGUGCCAUUACUGUACAUUAUUUUUGUACCGAGGAGAUUACCGCUAGUGGGGUCCUAUACACCCCUAAGGACCCAUCGUUAUCAUCAGAAACUUUCCGCUAUAAAAAAGGAGCAAACCAGCAGUUUUGUCAGCCCACCCAUUUGUUUAAUCCUGCAAAAUUUUCUGAGGAGGACCUGCAGUAUGAUGUUGAUAAGGAAAUUAUUCCCAUGGUCAUUCAGUGUACUGUAGACGAAGGACCUGAAGAUCUGAGACAGUCGCACGCAACUAUUGCCACAGUGGAAAAAAUCGCCGACGGAAUUUACCUUUUAAAGGCCCUAAAGCAAAAACUGUGGGUGGACGGACUCUGCUACUUGCUCCAAGAGAUUUAUGGCAUAGAGAACAAAAAUAGUGACAAAGCGACAUCGGACGAGGAAACCGAAGACAACGGAUCAGAAUGUGUGAUUUGCAUGUGUGACGUGCGAGACACCUUGAUCCUGCCCUGCAAACACUUGUGUCUCUGUAACUCGUGCGCGGACUCCCUGAGGUAUCAGGCGAACAAUUGCCCCAUUUGCAGGGCCCCCUUUAGGGCUCUGCUACAAAUAAGGGCUUUACAGAAGAGCGCCAGCACCGGUUUGGCCCCAAUCAGCCAGCCCGACGCUAGCUGCGAGAAUAUUCCUCCCGGAUACGAGGCUGUUUCCCUCAUAGAAGCCCUAAAUGGGCCCUGCCAGCCCCGACAGCCGCCCUCAGCUGUUCCAGAUCUAGUUGAAUCUCCCGAGAACGAGCACGCGAUCCAAGCGGCUUUAGUCCUAAAUCGACAGUCGCCUAAUAAGAUCAGGAGUCAGCCCAGUACACCGGAAUAUGGGGGAAAAUCUGUGGUGACGGUACUAACGAACCGAUCAGAUGAAGAUGGUACCAAGGAAACGCAGCACUGCCCUUUGUUGAAGGACCAAAGGGAAGUGAUAGUCAGAAGUAGACAGCAGAGGCAAAAAGAUUCGGUUAAAAUGGUGAACGAGCGAGACAAGGAUGAGCACAUCGACGAGGACAGCGAAGCUGAAAAGUUGUCUCCGCUUCUGCUUAAGAAGCGCGAAAGUGUUUCCCGAUCCGGUAAUCUCGCUCUGCACAUGGAUGACGUUAUCGACCACAUAGACGAUCACGAGGACGACUUGGAGAUUAAGUCCGAGAAGAAGGGCGGAAAUGGUAAAGAGAAGGAUGGAAAAUAUGAACGCGGUGACGAUUCCGAUUACUACACCCCGGACGAGCCGUCGGCACCGUCGACUAACACGUUAUACGAGUCGCAAAGUUUGGGGAAUCCCACCAGUUCGAUCGAGAGCACGCCACAUAAGGUGCCGGGCACGCCGAUCAGCGUGGCGAGCGUGAAAAGUAGCGCGGACAGUUACGCUAGCGGGGGCAGCACCAAACAAUUGUUGGCGGUCACCACUAGUAGGGGCGGCGAUAGCGAUGGGGCGGUACAGGUUUAAGGUCUAUUAAUUAAGUGAUUUUUUUUUAAUUGUUACUCGGUAGACAUGAGAUUAGUUUAAGGAAAAAUGAGAUUUUAAUCGACAAAAAUUGACAUAACAUUCCCCCGGUCUUAUGCAAUUUAGUUAUAGUUUUAAAUUUUAUUGUUAAAGCCGAUGAUAGUUUUUAUGUAAUUUUGUAUAUAGAAUAUAAUAGUGAUAUUGUAUGCGUAUUAAAAUAUGUAAUAUAUACUCAAAUAUU